UCAUCAACCAAAAAGAAAAAGUGUCCAAGCAAAAGCUGAAACAGAAGCAUCAAUGGCGUUUUUAAGCAAAAAAUCUAUCUUCAACCUCUCUAAAGCCUUCCCACAUCGAGCCUCCUCUGUCUUCAUUGGUCGUCAAAUAUGGAAGGGAGGAUAUGUUGCUGCAACAGAGGAGGCGUGGGAACAACAGAGCAGGAAGUUGUACGGGACCGAUAGUGAUGAAACGGGUGGUAAAGUAUCUGAAACGGCUGCUGAUAAGGCGAAAGAAGUGAAGGAUAAAGCCACUAAAACAACUCAAGAUGCAUGGAAAGCAAUUGAGGAUACUGCUCAAGAGUUGAAAGAAAAAGUGGUGGGAAAUAUAGAUCCAGAGAAUGUUCAAGAGGAAGAUGAGAAAGAGCUUAAGAAGAAGUUGGCUAAAGAAGCAGGAGGAAAGCCUGUGGAUGAAGAUAAAGGUUUGAAUGUCAAUUGGAGACCCAUUGUUGAGAAGAAACCACAACCCUCUUGAAAAUC